GUAUUUUGCAGCUCAUCAGCAAUAUGGGAUUAACAAGUCGGGCGCUAUCGCUAUCCAUCACAUUUAAAUUACAGCAAAUCACUUUAGCCUUCCUUAAUACAAAGAAAUAUUUUGCAAGUUUAGAUAGGACUCAUUCCUAUUGUGCAUGCUACAACCGAUGAACAUUUUUGUCGCACAAUAUUAACGAACUAUUUUCGUUGUAAGUGUCGCUUCUCGUGGAUACAGUCUGUGCUUAUGGUUUGUGGGCUGGUACCAGCAGCUGUUGUAAAUAUAGUCGUGUUUAAAAAGCGACUGUUGUAGUCUAUGGCAGAUUUCCUUUUUGGAAUCAAAAUAUAUAAGCCGAUGCACUGGUUACAAACAUGGCGAGAUGCAGAUUGAAGAAGACCGUUGAUCUGUUUGUUUUAUGAAACCAGGGAGAGUUGGCUGGCUACAGCUGUCAGUGAUUUAGUUAUUCUGCUGUGAUGUGAGGAAGAAGCAUGUGACUGACUGAAAGUGGAGCCACGUACUUUCAGUUGAGAUUUACUUGGUGGACUAUUGCCAAGCUAACUGUGGAGCAAUGGCAGAUGAAAGGGAAGAGAACACAAUUAUUUGUAAAGGACGUGGGCCGUACAUUUCACACAUUACAAACCCCACUGUGAAUCUUCUUAUCCGAGGAGUUGUACUGUUUGCUAUUGGUGUCUUUCUAGCACUUAUAUUAAAUUUGCUACAGGUUCAAAGGAAUGUAACUUUAUUUCCACCUGACGUGAUUGCUAGUAUAUUCUCUUCUGCUUGGUGGGUUCCUCCUUGCUGUGGUACAGCAUCAGCUGUAAUUGGCCUGCUGUACCCUUGCAUUGAUAGUCAUCUGGGAGAACCUCACAAGUUCAAGAGGGAGUGGUCCAGUGUAAUGCGGUGUGUUGCAGUCUUUGUGGGCAUAAACCAUGCCAGUGCUAAGGUGGAUUUUGCAAACAAUAUUCAGCUUUCUCUCACACUUGCAGCACUCUCCAUUGGACUGUGGUGGACUUUUGAUAGGUCACGUAGUGGUUUUGGUCUUGGCAUAGGAAUUGCUUUCCUUGCUACAUUGGUGUCACAGCUACUAGUAUACAAUGAAGUGUAUCAGUACACAUCACCAGACUUCCUUUAUGUCAGGUCUUGGUUACCGUGUAUAUUUUUUGCUGGUGGGAUAACUAUGGGAAACAUUGGACGUCAGCUGGCUGUGGUUAAUCCCUCUAGACCAGUAUUGGGAUCCGUGUUUACAGAUGGUGAUACUAGAAAAGAACUGAGAGUAAUGUGCUGUAAAAGACCCUACAUGGAGAAUGGGGAAGUGUUUUUAAAACGCAAAACAUUUAAUCUACACUGUGUUGUACUGUACUGUACUGUAACAUGUAUGAAUACAAGGCUACUCAAGAAAAGCAUCAUCAAGACUGAGAAGAAAUAAAGAAGAUGGCCAUUUUGAAUUAAAAUACUGAACAACAUGCCAAAAGUGUAAAAAGAUGCAAAUAAGACACCGUUUGCAAAAGAAAUCAACUUUUCCCUCAAAGUUGUUAUAUGUGCAAUCUGUGAUUGCUGUAUGUAUAAAAGAAUCAUAGGCUAUGUGAAAUGGCAGUAUUUCUAAUAGCUACACUUAUUAGACAGAAUGCAAAAUU